UAACAUGCAAGCUUUAACUGAUACAAGUAAUUGAUAAAAUUUUGAAAUAAGACGAUACAGUAUCUGACAGAAAAUAGAUUAAGUUACGAGAGUGCCCGUACGUGUCACUGAGCAUUUGGCGAAGAGGAUUUUCCGAGUUUCUCUUACAAAACACCCUUUUUUUAAGGACGUUAUAACUAGUAACAGAAUGUCGAAUAUAGCUGAUUACACUUCCGAUGUGUCGUUACGAUUGUCUCAAGUGAUGAACGAAAUUGGUGUGAACGAAAGAAUUGUGAUGAAACAAAGACGAUCGGUGCUAUUGCAUGAAUCUUUAGGCACACUAACACAACAGCUACAACAAAGGUACAUAAACAUGUACUUCGUUGGAAGUCAAAUAGAAGGUACAACAACUAGGGGACUUAAUUCUGACGCUGAUUACAUCUGGACAAUUUGCAAUUAUCAUACCAUUCAAGACUGGAGCGAAUGGAAACAAGGAAUAUGUAACCUGUUAAUGAUACAAAAUGAUACUGUAUCACCAGGAUAUUGUUAUUUACAAAUGCUGAGAUUUGAUGUUCCACUUACACAUUAUGUGGAGAAUAAAUACACGUAUACAGAUAAAACAGGUAGAACCUUAUUGAAGAAUACAUGCAUAAUGGAAGAUCUUAAUACUUUAAAUCUUCCACUUGUACGACAUGGUCCAGCACAAACACUUCAAGGAAGGUAUGCCCUGGAUAAUGACAUUGUUCAUGCACUUCCAUGUCUGACCUGGCCUAUACAAGCUAGGCAAUGGUUAGAUCGCCCAAACAAAGGACAGUGGCCUACGGCUGAUAUGAAAGAAUACUGCAGAGUAACAGGAUGUUUUGUUGUACCAGUCGGAAAUAAAAACAGUGCCAAUGAAGAACUUGAAUGGAGAAUAUCAACUUCCCUAGCGGAGAGAUGUUGCAUGUUCAAUUUGAACAUUACACAAAUAAGAUGCUAUAUCUUGAUGAAAAUGAUUAUAAAAACGUUUAUUUCUACACACUGUCCAGAUAGCAUUACAAGUUUUAUGUGUAAGACCGUCCUGCUUCACUGUGUUUCAAAUACAAGAACCAAUUUUUGGAAGGAAAAUAGCUUGCUACCUUGUCUAACUUUUUGUUUAUCAACACUUUACCACUGUGUUUUAAAUGAGUAUUGCCCCCAUUAUAUGAUACCAGAGAACAAUCUGAUGUAUGGGCGCUUCCCACAAGACACGAAGCGUUUUCUUCUUGAAACCAUUUCUUACGUUGUUAAAAGUAAUGGACACGCCCUACUAGAGAUUAAAUCCGAUCAAUUAGGAAUCCGAAUUCAAAAUUCAUUUCUCGAAGGUGUUGAAAAAUGUUCUGAACAUCUAGCCGCUCAAAUAUCAGGUUGUAUACUUAGAAAUACAGUUAUGUUUAUAUCUGACAUUAACAUGUUUUGGCUCCUAACAACAACCUAUUUUGGGGACGUACACACGUUAUCACAAUAUUUGCUAAAGCUUCUUCAAUGGUACAACUGGUCUCAAGAGAAAGGGAAAACAGUAUGUUCAUCACUUGUAAAACUCUUUUGCGUCACUUUAGGAUCCGUUUUAGCUUCAACUAGCUUAUAUAGGCAAAGCAGUGUGACACGAAAGGCUUUCACAUUGAUGUCAUUGGGACUUGACUCGGAUGUAGCAUCUGGUAAACUGAAACUAGCAUCUGUUUUCUAUUGUAAUGGAGAUCUUGAAAGAACUGACCUGAUCUUGAAAAAUAUUGAGGAAUGUUAUGAUCUAAGCGUUGUUGAAACAGUAUGUCAUUGCCACGCUUUUAGACAUUUUCCAGUAGGGGAAACAUUUGGUAAGUUAUGUUACGACGAAGAUGACGAAUACACAUUGAUAAAGCGGCAACAUGUGUCACGUUUACACGACUUGAAAUAAACUGUUGUCCAUACGAGCUCCAACAUGAAAUGUUCAGAUCAACACAGCACAAUCUGCGAGAUAGAGAUUGGACUGACAUCUUUUGGAUGAACUUUGCUAUUGUGGAUUCUCUUCCUUAUCUCUACUUUCUCCAGUACAAGAUAUAUUCUCAAAUAAGCAGAAAUGAAGAUAAAGAGAGGGCCCUAUCUAACCUUGCCAGAUGCAUUGACAAAAAAAACUAAUUUUGGACAUCGUGAAACAGUGCUUAACCUUCUAGGGCAGUGUAUGGAACAAGAAAACAAAAUGGAUGCUGCUUUGAAGUUCUAUUUGUCAUCUUUGAAAGAAAGAGGCAGAAAUAACGCUGCAAAAGUCCAUAUCUGUAGACUAAUAUGCUCACUGUUAAAUGAUCGCUGUUAAAUGACCGCAUGUAUUACAGUUUAGUUUAUGGAAACAACCCCUAAAAUCUUGGUAUAUUCGACAUACGGAUAUAGGAAAAAUCAAGAUAAAUGAAUAUUCAAAACCUUCUUAAAUAUUAAUGUAAGGUUUAACAAAGAGUGAGUUGAGAAGAGCAUGUAUGGCAGGUGUUCCAGUAUAAAUAAGUUAUUUUUCAAAGCGAAACUGAUGUUAGUAUUCAUUCCAAUUUUGGUUCGGAGGAUAAAAUGUCAUCAGCAAUUUUAUAACUUAUUCAUUAAACAUUACGUGAAAACAGUAAUCUUCUUUACUUUAGUAAUUAAAUAUUACGUGUAAAAAGUAACAUUUUUAAAUAUAUUAUCCAACAUAAAUUUUUAUUACCUUUUAGAUAAAGAUAUAAGCAACUAAUGAAGUAUAUAACCUUCUGUAACUGUAGUGCGUUUGACUGUGAAUCGGGCGACUCGGUUUCGAUUACCGGACGGUGGAGGCCAUUUUUAUUGUGAUUGAUCAUGAAAUUCUUUCUACGGCCAUUAGCACUGUACGUCUGUCCUUGUAUGUACAGAAGUUAUGAGUUUCCUGGGAAAGUAUAUUGCUUGACAGUUUGCCCGGGAAGAAUGUGGUGGUUAGCCUGUGUUUUGGUAAAUUCAAUGCGACUAAUUGACGUGAGCCGGAGAGUAAACUACCAACACCUACACCAUUAUCAUAUAUAUUUUAACCGUUCCUUAAAUGAUUAUUUAAAUAUGCUCUCUAUCUUAUUACACGAAUGAGUUUUAUUUCCAUGCGAAGGCAUUGUUUGGAAAAUACAAAUAUAAUAAGAAUAUAUCUUUCGGCAAAAUAAAGCUUUGAUUUAUUAAAAACAACAACAAAAACACACACUAAAAUUCCUCCAAAUUAAGCAUUAAAUGAAAAAGUAAGCACAUUUUUAUGCACGGGUAACCACAUUUAUACCUUUUGCCAAUAUGAAAAAAUGUCUGAUAAAGUAGGAGACGUCUGUGGCUAAAAUUGUUAAGGGCGUUCGCAAACAACUUGCCUCUAACCGCUGUGUGUUCGAAUCCUGCCAGGGAUUUUGGAUUCUUUCAUCUGAGGAAGCUUUUUAGUGGUGAGAGACGAGAUCAAUGUUUAAGGAUAAUUUUUGCCUUUUCCAAACAUCAAACCAGCGAGACAUGACUUCUGGUUCCGAUGCGCUUCCUAUCUAGCUAAACCGACCGACUAACAAUAGUACAAGUUUGCUUCUUCAAAAAGAAGCAUGCGAGAUGUCUUUUUGCAGCUGUAGAAGAUUUGUUUAAUUCAAAAGUAUUUGGAGACAUUUUUUUGCAUAAAUGGCACAAUGAAUGUUUAUAAAUAACAAUUAUCUAAUAAAAUAUAAGUUAUUAUAUAUAUUGAAUAUAGAAUCAUAAUGAACGUUUGUUUUACAAUUUAUUAUAUGCCUGAUAAAAUGGACAUUUUCUUGGCGCAUCAGGGAU